GGUCGGCGUCUAGUUGUACUAACAAGACAUUUUAGGAAGAAUAGGGAUAGGGAUAAGACUCAAGAGGGAAAAUAGAAAAAGCAACGAAAAAAUGAGAGGGAAAAAAGAAGAAAAAAAACAAAAAGCCCUAAAAAUUCAAAAGCCGCGCGAUUCCCUCGCGAGUGAAAAUAGAUUAGGACGGAAAGAAAAUAAAAAAUGGCUAUAAAAAGGGAGAGAAAUAGUCUUCAACGUUACAUCACUUUUCAACCACUUUCACUUUCACAACAAACAAAGAAAAAAAAAAAGAGAAAAACAAAAAACCCUAACCAGUCACCACCACCACCACCACCAUGGCCACCACCGCCGAACAACUUCCCUGCGACGCCGACGGCGUUUGCAUGGUAUGCAAAAAGAAACCCCCUCCAGAAACCGAAACACUCACCUGCAGAACAUGCGUAUCACUCUGGCAUGUUCCUUGUUUACCACAAGUUCCAACUACUAUCCUAGAUUGGGAAUGUCCGGAUUGUUCUACACCUCUUGAUGUCAACAACAACAACUCCGUCGCCGAUGCUGCUCCGUCUGUUGCCGGCGAUCUCAUUUCUGCCAUACGUGCUAUAGAAAAUGACGCUUCACUUACAGAUGCAGAAAAAGCGAAGAAACGCCAAGAACUUGUUGGUGGAUCUUCAAAAGCAAGUGAUGAAGUCAAAAAUAGACGUAGUGGUGUUCUGGAUAUUUUCGAUGAUAGCAUUAAGUGUUCUUUCUGUAUUCAGUUGCCUGAGAGACCCGUCACUAAUUCAUGUGGGCACAAUUUUUGCCUGAAGUGUUUUGAGAAAUGGAUUCAACAAGGAAAACGAGAUUGUGCGAAAUGUAGGGCUCCAAUUCCAGCAAAGAUGGCGAGUAAUCCGAGAAUCAAUGCACAGUUGGCAAUUGGGAUUCGUAUGGCCAAACUAGCUAGAUCAGAGAAUGUUGGAGGGAGCACUGCUACAAAGGUUUAUCAUGUUGUUCACAAUGAUGAGCGUCCCGACACUUGUUUCAGGACGGAGAGAGCAAUAAAAACUGGGAAGGCUAAUGCUUGCAGUGGAAAAAUCUUUGUGACAAUUCCACUAGAUCAUUUUGGACCCAUCGGUGCUGAGAAUGAUCCAAUAAGGAACCGUGGGGUUCUUGUUGGUGAGACUUGGGAGGAUAGGAUGGAAUGCAGGCAAUGGGGAGCUCAUUUUCCCCAUGUUGCUGGCAUUGCUGGUCAGAGUGGUCAUGGUGCUCAAUCUGUUGCUCUUUCUGGGGGCUAUGUUGAUGACGAGGAUCACGGCGAGUGGUUCUUGUACACUGGAAGUGGUGGAAGGGAUUUGAGUGGGAACAAACGGACAAACAAAAAUCAGUCCUUUGAUCAGCAAUUUGAGAAAAUGAAUGAGGCUUUGAGAGUCAGCUGCCGAAAAGGCUAUCCUGUUCGUGUCGUCAGGUCCCACAAGGAGAAACGUUCCUCUUAUGCUCCGGAAGAAGGAGUGAGAUAUGAUGGGGUUUAUAGAAUUGAGAAAUGUUGGCGCAAAGUUGGAAUGCAAGGUCAUAAGGUUUGCAGGUAUUUGUUUGUGAGGUGUGACAAUGAGCCAGCUCCAUGGACAAGUGAUUUAUCUGGAGACCGUCCCCGUCCACUACCUACAAUCAAGGAGUUUAAGGGUGCGGUUGAUAUUACCGAAAGGAAGGGUGACCCUUCAUGGGACUUUGAUGAGGAAAAGGGCUGCUGGUUGUGGAAGAAGCCUCCACCACAGAGCAAGAAACCAAUGAAUGUUGUGGAUCCUAUAGAUCCAACAAAAAUACAAGUUGUUAGGCCAAAGGCAAAAAAGGUGUCCUUCAAAAUCAAGGAUAGGCUAUUGAAAGAGUUUGGUUGCAAUAUCUGUCGCAAGGUGUUGGCUUCCCCACUUACUACACCUUGUGCUCAUAACUUCUGCAAAGGCUGCCUGGAGGGUGCCUUUUCUGGCCAAAGUUAUAUCAGGAACAGGGCCACUAAAAGUGGACGCAGUUUGCGGACACAAAAGAACAUUAUGAAAUGCCCUACUUGUUCAACUGACAUAGCUGAUUACCUUCAGAAUCCUCAGGUUAACAGGGAAAUGAUGGGGGUCAUAGAAUUGCUCCAGCGUCAGGCUGAAGAGAUGGAUGAGACUGAAGAAUCCAGUGCUAAAAGUGAUGAGAAUCUCAAGCCAGAUGAGGAGACAGAUGUUUCAAAACCCUCUAAUUCAAAUGAGAAAGUUGUGGAAGAAAUUAAGGAGAAUGAUCUGAAUCCUCCUCCACAAAAGCGGAGGAAAGGUGCCGAUGGCAAGACUGUGGAGAACAUGGAGGAAGCUGUUGUUCAUGAGGCAGAAGUGGAAAGCAAAACAGUGACUUGCAAUUAGGAGCUGCUGAUGGAUUGGAUAUGCUGUUUUAUUUUGGGUUUGCAUUAAACAGCAUAAGUUAAUAUAGGGUUAACAUUUCUGAUGCAAAGUUAAUUUUUCUUUUGCUUGCUGAAAGACAAGACAUUUUAUGAUUAUUUUUUUUUGUUUAAUUUUCUUACGUACUUCUCUUGUUUACUGGAUUUGGAUUUUAACUGGUAUCACCUAUGACCUAUCUAUAUGUGUCAUCUAUUAAAAAUGAGAAGUAAUUAAUGCAGUUUAUUUAUAUUUU